UCAUAACAAAGUCACUGUUUAUUGUGCAAUCUUGGUUAUGGAAAAUAAUAUCCUUUGGGUGGAGAAGCAUUAAAAUCUACGAUUUGGCACCAUAACUAAAAUCUUUAUUAGCAACAACGCAACUAAUUCAGGAUGAUGCGCUACGAAGGAAACGAAAAGCUUGCAGAUGAGACCGCCUGUGCCAGGGUACGAGCCGAUUUAAAGAUGUGUCUAUUAGAGUCCGACUGUUGCAAGAAGGAACACAAACUACCUCGCGAUUGCCUCAGUCGAACGGAUAACUCAGUACCGGACGAGUGUCGGGCGUUGCGGACGACAUUUUUCGAAUGUAAGCGGUCCCUGCUGGACAAUCGACAGCGUUUCAGGGGUAGGAAAGGCUACUGAAAUAUAGUGCAGUCAAUCAUUUGGUUGAUUGGUUCUAACUUUGAGCGAAGAGUGAUGAAACACGUAUUUUCAACCAAUGUAAUAUAGGAAUGAUUUGAUGAAUAAAAACGAGUUGCGUUAGUAUUUUA